GUUGGUUUGAUUCAAUUUGUGGAAUGCAGGUUAUUUUGCGCCACCAGUGGAACAGUUUGAAGCAUAAUUCCUCAUGUCCAAGCUACUCAAAGGAUCUAAGAAAGUACCUACACAAUUAGACCUAAGUAUCAUCGAAGUAAAAUCGAAGGUAAACAGUCGCUUGCGAGGAAUCUUUCAUCAUAAACCGAAUCGUGCAUAGUAAAGCAUAGGAACUGUCAUUCCGAGUCGAUAAGAAAUCUCUAUCUUCUCUCCGCAGUUUGAUGCAGAAUUUCGCAGGUUUCCCUUAGAUAAAACGCGACUGACGUCGUAUGAAGAUUUCUACAAGCAUGUACAGGCGAUUCACAAGUUACAAUCCAUUCCAUUCUCAACAUGGUACACGGACAUGUAUGGAGACCUACUCCCAAUUAACAACGAUGAUAACUUCUUACGGGCUGUGACAACGGCUAGGCCGCUUUUGCGGGUUUUCGUCCAACGCAAAGGUACGGAAAAUAUGACUUCAAUUAGCUUCUAGUCGAGUUCAGUCGUAUGGGUGAUUUAAGUUUCUCAAUUCUGGCCUAAAACGAUUCAUUUCAAUGUUGACUAGUUCCUAAAAUCAUCGGUUUACAGUUCAACUUUUAUCGGCUUAGCUUGAAAUUCUUAUCGUUCUUUUAAAAUUCAGUGAGCAGUCAAACUCAGUUUUAAUUUUUUGUCUUAAAGGACUUGCUCUUUUUCAGACCAGACAUGUCUUAGAUAAAUUAAACCCAUUUGGGAAUUUACCAAGUUAAAUUCAAUUAAGACAAAGUCUGAUGUUGUAGUUUGUUUACUCAAAGGACUAUUGAACCAUAAUUUCAUUAGCUGUUUUUGCUUUCGUCUUGACAUUGAAAUUAUGUAUUUUUGUCUAGAUACUCUUCAUGUGACAAGGAAGUUUUCACUAAAAUUUCCAUAUUUUUGGCUUUCAUGUUUUUUUGCUGUGAAUUAGUCAAACUUUCAUCAACCAAAAAAAUGUUCCCAUGUGUUACUCAACCCUAAAUUUGAUAACAAGAGUUUCCUUUGUACCAUAAUUGUGGAGAUUAAUGGGAAUUACUUAUACAUAUUGUUUAAUAUGCUGUUCUUUGAGACAUCUCACAUUUGUGACAUGCACCCUUAUUAGGGUAGUAGUGAAAAGCAAAUCCUUUGCAAACACUUCAGUAGAAGUCAUCCUUAGUUUCUGAUUGCGAAACCAAUAAGGUUUCUAUUUUCAGAUUCUAAGCUUUCAGACGGAAAUUUAUUGUGUGUAUAUAGAUUAUUUACAUUUGUCUCAAAAUGUUUUGAGAACAUAUAAAUUUACUCAUCUCCUUCAUGAUGAGAGUGUUCAUAGUUGGUCUAUCUAUACUUAUCUUUAGGCAGUGAAUCUGUUCACUACUGGAUUUUGAUUGUAGCAUUUGAAAAUUCCAAGUGAUUAAUAAGUGCCAUUUUCAAGAAGUAUUUGUGUUGUCUCGGGAAUCCAUUAAUGCUUUUUCUUGUAUGAAUUUCAUGCCAUGGGACAAGUUUAAAAGAGCUGUGUGUCUUUUCGGGCGUUGAAAGAUUUUUAAUCACAAAUUGAUAUAAUUCCACUAUGGGCAGCUUCUGGUAGUUAAAUAUUUUGUCUGGCAAUUAACCAACUUUUGCUGUGAGCAUCUGACAAAGGGCUAAUGCUUGAAACAUCAGCUUUUAAACUCUUUAUGCAGGGUGUGAAAUUAAUUUUUUUUCUGAUAGCCACUUGGCUCCUAAAUUCUUCAAAGUGGUAGCCAAUUCAAAAAAAGUUGGUCGCUAUUUUUAAAGACAGACAAGACCUUUCUUAUGCUGUCAGCAUACUAGAUAGACCCUCCAAAAUUAAGUAAAGGAAAAGAUCUUUAACGUGCUACAAAGUGGACACUAGGAUGGAUGAUAUACAACAUUCAAGCUCAUCUUAAUCCAAGAUGGCGUCUAGUUAUCGAUUGAGAUGUAUGUGCUGUGUUUUGGAAACAAACUUUACAAGGAAGUUUCCGUGGAUUUAUCUUUGCAAAUCUUUUUAAUUCACUAUAUCUCUUGGUAAGGUUAUGAUGAAACAUUCUAGUAGCUAAUUUGGCCACUAAUUUUCAGGAUUUGGUCGCCAAAGUGAAAAAUUUAGUCGCAUUGGUGCCUGUAUUAGGCACAAUUUCACGCCCUGUUAUGGUGGCCAAUUUAUGUUAUCAAUUCAGUUGAUAAUAGUAAAUUACUCUGUUAUACUAUCACACUGAUCCAUUGCCACAGUGUCUUUAAAAACUUACCCCUUUAGAAUGUACAGAAAUAAAGCUGUUUUAUGAACGUGUAUUAUUACUUAAUAUUCCUGGAUGUACUGUUCCAUGACAUUCUCCUGGAAUGAAUGCUAGUACACAAAUGCAUGAUACCAAUGUAUCUGUUUCUAAUCUUCAUUCUUAUCUUGAAACUAAAGGAAAUGGUAUCUUACGUCAAGUCAAAUGCAUGUUGAUUUGGGAAGACAGGAAAUUUUACAUUUGGCCUUUAAAUAGAGAAGGAUAUGAAGUAUUUGUGAUGAGUAAUUUAGUAUAGGGGAAACAUCAUUGAGUCUGCUGUGAGCAUUGAAUCAUACCUCAGCCAGUUCUGAUUUUGGAGUUCUAGUUUCCCUAUUGGAUGUUCUGAGACAUUACAGUGGAAACUGGUUGCUGCUUGGGUCUUAAGGUUUUAAUGAAUAGUAAACACUUUCCUAUCCUUACAAAUAUAAGGUAAUGUUUUUUUUUCAGGAGGUGGCGUCCCUGAAGAGAAUGCUGUACCCCCUGAAGUACCAAGGCGUCGGAACUUGUUAUCAAAUCUUACAAACCCAGCCAAAUCUCAUCUCAGUAGGAUAUCAAUCAGUGGCCCUCAGGAUUUCCGGCGAGUUUCUGCAAUUGUUGACGUGGACAUUAUCCCUGAAACCCAGCGCAGGGUUAAAUUAUUGAAGCACAACACAGAUAAACCACUAGGGUUUUACAUCCGAGAUGGAACCAGUGUUCGUGUAACACCUAGUGGACUAGAACAGGUUCCAGGAAUUUUUAUUUCAAGGCUUGUCCCUGGUGGGCUUGCAGAAAGCACUGGUUUGUUGGCUGUAAAUGAUGAGGUUCUUGAAGUUAAUGGUAUUGAAGUGGCAGGGAAAACUUUGGAUCAGGUAACAGACAUGAUGAUCGCAAAUAGCCACAACCUUAUUAUAACUGUGAAACCUUCAAAUCAGUUUAACAAUCCAGUGCUUGGAAGACUGAAUCGGGCUGAGCCAGAUCGCAUGAAAUCACAGAGCCUUACAAAUUUAGCAACACAUUCUAUUCAUAAUCCAGUACUUACUACAGGAUCACCAACAAUGCAUCACGCUUACCACAAUGAAUUGGCAGAAGAAAUCCCAGACAGUGAUGAAGAAGAUCAACCAACAGUUGAUGAAGAUGGCAUUGUGUCUAUAUAAUCAUGUAUCAUUCCAAACUCAUUAUGGUGACAAAUCAAUGUAGAAAUAUUGUUACAUGAAUAUACGUGAAUGUAUAGUUUAAACUCAAGAGCAAUUUUCUAGGUGAGAGGAAUUUCUAUGUUUUAAAUUUAGAUAUCAAAAUCUUUUUUCUUGAUACAAAAUGAAAUGAACCACUCGUCAUAAAUCAAACUUUGAUUUGAAAAAUUAACAAUAGUUUACUCAUUUGAUCAAUACUUACAACAAUUUUUUGCUAACUUUUUGAAUAGUAUCCUUUGAGUUUUUAAUAAAAGUACUCAGAGUCUUUCCACCGAUCUAAUGUUGUAAUUUAUAGACUGCAUUUUUAAGUGUUGUUUAACUAGUGCCAGAGUAAUCAAAACAACCAGUCUGGGUGAAGGAAAAUAUUGCAAGGUGAUAAUGAUAACACCAAAUAGAAACAAGCAAACUGCUUUAUGUGGGGGAAAAUGAGAAACAGUCAGUUGCAAUUAAUUUUAAUUUUUGAAUCUGAUUUGUUAAGAGGAUGGCAUAAGUGUUCUAAGCCAAUCAUAGCACCAAGUGAAAUGAAACCAAAGCAUUCCUUGGUCAUUUAUGUUAAAAUUAAAAGUUGCUCUAUACAUUAAUAUUAUGUUUUUGCAUUCCUAAAACGUGCCUUUUUUAACACUUAAGCUCCCAAAAUCUUAUUAUUAACCUUCCCAACUAUAUGCUUUACAUUUCCUUUUAAAUGACUCGAGUCAAGAGAAUUUGGUGCUAUAUCAAGGUAACAUGCAGAAGCUGAUAAAUCUCUGUUCUCAUCCCCUAUUUAUAAGAUAAUAUAUUGAUAUUGAGGGAAGAAUCUACACAGUAAUCAAUCUUGGCAGGGGGGAGCCAAGCUGUUAAGAGAAGGCAAUUGCAACCACUUUACACAGGAAUACAUUUUAGUCAGCAUUGGGGUGUUAGAUAUGUUCAGAAGGUAGUUUGAAAAAGUGGACAAUUUAGGUAAGCACCAUUGCACAUUUAGGUUCAAUGUUUUCAAUGUAAUAUAUAAUGUUUGCCAGUGGUAUGUUUCUGAGUUGAUGUACUUUGAUCUGGAACUGUACGUGAUAUCUAUUUCAUGACCUCAACUUUUUGCACUAGUUCUCAAUAUUUUUGUAUCGUUGUUUGAUUACCUUUUGGACACUAGAUCUUUAAUUGUUUGGACAUAGUAUCUUAUUGAUAUCAUAAGUUUGGAGGUACUGUUGGUCAAUUUUGCUGGAAGAGUGGGUGGCGUAAGGUAUGAAGUCAUUCACUCAUUUUACAUUGG